AUGCUGUUCAGCAAGUUCUUCAGCCACCCACCGGUUAAAGACGACUCGGACGAAUCGGCGUCCUUGUUGGUUAAAUCUGGUGGGUCGGGGGAGCGGGUGGUGCCAGUGGUUGAGGCAUCGAGUUCGAGCUCGCGAUGGGAGGAGGAGGGUGUGCCGGCGUCCGGGACUUUGGAGGAUGAUGAGGGUGAUAGUAGUGGGAGGAGAGAACAGUCUGGGGAACGGUUUGAUGAUGUUCCGGAUUCCAAACGGAGGCUUGGACUGUUUAGCGCCGCUUUACUCAUCUUCAACCGUGUUAUUGGGACUGGGAUCUUCGCCACGCCGAGUAACAUUCUGCGUUCGUCUGGGAGUGUGGGGAUGGCGUUGGCGAUGUGGCUUAUUGGUGCUAUGAUUGCUGCGUGUGGGUCUGCUGUGUACACUGAGCUGGGAACGGGCCUUCCCCGGAGUGGAGGAGAGAAGAACUAUUUCGAGUUUAUCUAUCGCCGGCCAAAGUACAUUGCGACGUGUAUCUUUAGCAUUUACUCUGUCCUAUCGAACACUGGAACCGCGAAUAGCGUCGUUUUCAGCGAAUACCUCCUCAACGCCCUUUCGAUACCCGCAACCUACUUCAACACCCGCUUCAUCGCAUGGCUAUGCCUCACCUUUAUCGUCCUAAUGCACGGAACACGUCUCGCUCCCUGGGGACUGCGUCUCCAGAACACCCUCGGUGCAGGAAAGUUUCUCGUCCUCGCCGCUAUCGCCUUCUCGGGUCUUUUGUGUCUUGCGGAUGUGCCGGGUUUUAGGGUGAGAGAAGGCUACGAGAUGCCGGAUAAUUUUUCGUCUUGGGACAAGUUUUGGGAGGGGUCGAAGGGGAAGGGGUCGAAUGCGUUUGUGUCGGGGUUGUAUAAUGUUAUUUGGUCCUUUAUUGGGUAUUCGAACGCCAAUUAUGCGCUAUCUGAGAUCAAGGACCCCGUUCGAACUAUCAAGCGAGCUGCGCCGUUGGCGAUGUGUGCUGUUACGGCUGUCUAUAUCUUCAUCAAUGUCGCGUACUUUGCGGCGGUUUCCAAGAGUGAUAUUUUGGGAAGCAAGAGGAUUGUCGCAGCGCUGUUCUUUAGGAAUUUGUUUGGGCCUGCUACUGAGCGUGUUUUGAGUGGCUUCAUUGCCCUCUCCACCCUUGGGAAUUUGCUCGCGGGACAGUUCUCGCAGGGUCGAGUUGUGCAAGAACUCGGCCGUGAGGGUAUAAUACCGUUCUCGUCCAAGAUUGCUAGCAGCAAGCCUUUCAAUGCACCUCUGGUUGCGAUGUUGGUUCAGUACUCGCUCUCGUGCACGUUCCUCUUCCUCGUUCCUUCUGGUGAUGCGUAUUUGUUUAUGCUUAGCUUCUCAUCAUACAGCCUCAACAUCAUCAACACACUCGUCGCCGUGGGCCUCUUCUUGUUGUACACAAGACCGUUUAAAGGGCUACAUUGGGAUCCGCCUUUUAAAGCCAACAAAGCGGUUGUAGGGAUGUAUUUGGCGUCGAAUUUGUUUUUGUUGGGUGCGCCGUGGAUCCCGCCUCUGCCUGGGUCGCGGCCGUAUAGGAAUUUGCCUUACUGGUCCCACGCAGCAGGAUCAUUCGCCAUCUCACUGGUCGGUAUCGCGUAUUGGUACAUCUGGAGUCGGUGGUUACCGAGCAAGAAGGGGUAUAAGUUGGAGAGGACGGUUGUGAGGAUGGAGGAUGGGGUUUCGAGGGUUGUGUUUAGGAAGGUAUACGUGGCGCCGGUGGUGGAGGGUGGGGACGGGGAGGGGAGAGUGGCUGGGGAGGAGGUUGCGGAAAGGGAUGGGGAGAGGGAGAGGGUUGGUGGGUAUGAGAGGGUACCGGGUGAAGUUGAGGAUGAGGGUGGGGUGGGUAGACGUGGAUUGCGGGACGAGGGUCGAUGA